GGCCAAUCUCUCACGAGAUCAUACUUGAGGCCGGCGCCGUGCCACCGAAAGGAUGCAUUUAUCGCAUGUCCGAGGAGGAGCUCACGGUUCUUCGUGCGCAACUCGAGGAUCUACUCAACAAGGGUUGGAUCCGCCCUAGCAGCUCACCUUACGGUGCGCCCGUUCUCUUCGUUCGGAAGAAGAACAAGGACCUUCGACUUUGCAUUGACUACCGACGCCUCAACGCGCAAACCAUCRAGAACGMGGGGCCUCURCCUYGCAYURACGAUUUGCUUGAGCGGUUGGGCGGCGCCAAGUACUUUUCGAAGUUGGACCUCAAGUCGGGCUACCAUCAGAUUUCCAUCCGCCCGCAAGAUCGGUACAAAACCACGUCUAAGACGCGAUAUGGGCAUUUUGAGUGGGUAGUUAUGCCUUUUGGCAUCACCAAUGCCCCGGCCACCUUUCAGGCGGCCAUGACCACCGAGUUUCGCGCUAUGUUGGACCGCUUCGUUUUGGUCUACUUAGACGACAUCCUCGUCUAUAGCCUAACUCUAGAGGAGCAUCUCGAGCACCUUCGCCGUGUUCUAGAAACUCUUCGGUCAGCCCGAUACAAAGCUAACCGCGACAAAUGCGAGUUUGUCCGGCAAGAGCUUGAAUACUUGGGUCAUUUUGUCUCUCCGGAAGGCAUUCGUCCGUUGGCGGACAAGAUUCAAGCCAUCCAGGAGUGGCCCGAGCCGAAGAAUGUGACGUACGUCCGAUCCUUCCUCGGCUUGGCCGGUUAUUAUCAGCGCUUCAUCAAGGGUUACUCGAAGAUCGCGGCCAACCUAAGCAAGUCACAAAGCGAGGAGCGACCUUUUGACUUCGACGACAACGCGCGCCAUUCUUUUGAGACACUCAAAGCGGCACUCUUGUCCGCCGAGGUGUUACAUAUUUACGACCCGCUUCUAGCUACGCGCGUCACUAUCGAUGCGUCGGGCUAUGGCAUUGGGGCCGUCCUUGAGCAGCACGAUGGCACGGACUGGCACCCGGUCGAGUACUUUAGCAAGAAAGUACCUCCCGUGCAUUCGAUCGACGACGCACGGAAGAAGGAGCUUCUUGCCUUCGUCCACGCCCUCAAGCGUUGGCGACAUUUCCUCCUUGGUCGGAAAGCAUUCCGAUGGGUAACGGAUAACAAUCCGUCGGUAUUCUACAAGUCGCAAGACACGAUUAACAGUACCAUUGCCCGUUGGAUGGCUUUCAUCGACCAGUUUGACUUUUUCCCCGAUCACAUUCCCGGGAAGUCAAACCGUUUUGCGGACGCCCUCUCACGGCGACCGGAUCUUUGCACCGCAGUCUACUCUACCUUCAAGAUCAACGACGACUUGCGGGAGAGCUUCAUCCGCGGCUAUCAAGCCGAUCCCCACUUUCGCGAAAACCGUCUGCUGAGCACUCUUCCUGCCCCCCAGCAUCAUCAUGGCCCCUCUGCCGGCGCAAUCGAUCCGUUUCUUCUCCCUUCAAGGGACCGUGAUGUCCGCUCCAUGGUGUUGGCCAUGCGGCAACCGGCAUCAGGGGGUGGGCAGGAUGGAGGAGUGCUUGCGAGAGGAAGAGGCACCAGUGCUGGUGUUGUUGAGCUGACCAAAGGUUCAAACAGAGUGUUGCCUCUGACUAUGGAUGGCGAAGGUAACAUACGGUAUGAUGCGAUUGUCCGUCAGAAUGAGAAUGCUGUGAAGACGGUCUUCACGCAGCAUUCGGACCUUGUUCCGAAGAUACAAGACCAGACGGAUGAAGAUCUGCAGCGCCCUGAUGCGGAGGUGGUGUCAGAGACGACCCAGCGCACAAAGCUCGCUCUGGAGAAGCUUGUGAAUGCGAAGAUAAGCGCUGCACAGCCCAGUCAUCCCGUGGGCAUACCUGGAGCGCCGACCUAUAUCAAGUAUACGCCCUCUCAGCAAGGUGCUGCGUUCAAUUCCGGUGCGAAGGAGCGGAUUAUUCGGCUCGUAGAGAUGCCGAAAGAUCCACUCGAACCGCCAAAGUUCAAGCACAAGCGCGUUCCGAAAGCGUCGGGCUCCCCACCUGUGCCAGUCAUGCACUCCCCUCCUAGGCCUGUUACAGUCAAGGACCAGCAGGAUUGGAAGAUUCCUCCUUGUAUUUCCAAUUGGAAAAAUCCCAAGGGGUAUACAAUCCCUUUGGAUAAGAGGCUUGCAGCGGAUGGUCGGGGUCUUCAGGAGGUGCAGAUCAACGACAACUUUGCGAAGCUGUCCGAAGCGUUGUAUGUGGCGGAACAGAAGGCCAGAGAGGCUGUGGAGAUGCGAUCGAAGAUUCAGAGAGAUAUUAUGUUGAAGGACAAGGAGAAGAAGGAGCAGCAGCUCAGGCAGCUUGCGGAGAGGGCGCGUUUGGAGCGAGCAGGAGGAGCGGGUGGUGGCGGGCCUGCUGCAGGUGCAGGUGCAGCUGCUGCUGCUGCUGCUGCAGCAUUUGGCGGAUCGGGGGCCAUGAUGUCUGGCAGGGAGGUUGGGCCUACUACAACCGUGGCCGAUGGGCAAUCUGGGCUGUCGAGAGGUGGUGGCAUGAUGAUGGAGAUGGAUGCGCGAGACAGGGGAAUGGAGACGAAAGAGGAGAGGGAGGAACGGAUUCGCAGAGAUUCUCUUCGAGAGGAGAGGAAACGCGAAAGGGAGAGGGAGAGGCGGCAGGAGGCAAAAGAAGGUGGCAAGAGAAGCAAGAUCACACGUGAUCGUGACCGCGAUAUCAGCGAGAAAGUGGCGCUUGGACAGGUGGCAGUGGGGAAUGGUGGGCAGGUCGAGUACGACCAGAGGCUUUUCAAUCAAGACCAGGGCAUGGACUCAGGCUUCGCAACAGACGACCAAUACAAUGUGUAUGACAAAGGGCUGUUUGCUAGAGCUCAUCCUAGUGCAGGUGGCCUCUACAGGCCUAACAAGGACGCGGACGGUGAAGCGUAUGGCGGUGAACAGCUUGAAACAGCCUUGAAAACAGACAGGUUCAGGCCAGACAAGGGCUUUGCUGGGGCACGGGAGAUGACUGGAGCCAGGGAGCAGCCUGUGGAAUUCGAACGCAAUGUGGAAGAGGCAGAUCCGUUCGGUCUUGAUCAGUUCUUGGUUGAAGUGAAGAAGGGGAAGAAAGCUCUGGACAAGAUAGGAACAACUGGGGCAUUGAGGGCCGGUGGAGGUGCCGGCACAAGGGAAACCUACGAAGGAGGUUCGAGUCGAACCCGCGUUGAUUUUCAGCGUGGGCGCUAGGAACCUGGUCUUGGUGUCUGGUUGCCUGUGUUUGCUUUUCAUUUUACGCUGGUUCUCUGCAGAAUUGUGUACAGAUGGAUACCCAGCUGGAAUGUAGAGAGAAUUAAUAACCCGGGAUGCGUCUGUCGCUUGCUGAUGUCCCUUCAGCUGCGGCACUGCCAAUGACGGGUAAGAUGGCUGUCGAUUCCAUCUAUGGCACUGCCGUUUACUGGUAAGAUGGUUGUCAAAAUGUCAAUGCCAUAUACUUUUAACUCCCCAACAAGCAGGAGCGGUGAUGGCAGUAGCGAAUCGUAGGGCUAUGUGUGGAACCCUGGAGGGAUGGAGACUUGCGGGACGGGUUGGUGCAUCCUUUAUGGAGUUCGAGUAUGCGGUCCUCACAGUUUUAUGCUCUUCAGGCGCAACUUCCUCAUGGGCAGUACUAUGUGGGCUACAAGCGAUGAGCGUGCGUGUUGCUGCAGUUACGAGUCCCCUUCCCUCCCACUCACCAUCCUGGUGCAUGUCUCCCCCCUCGCCCUCCUCUGCCUCCCCCAGUCCUCUCACCUCCUGGUGCAUGGUCGUGAAUUGCAAUCCUGCUUCUUGGUUCGACCAAGGCAAGAAGAGAGAGGAUGGAGCUUCGGUUGUUCAAGCCGGCACUGGAUUGGGUAACCAGUCUGUCCUCAGUAUGUGUGACAGUAUCUGAUGGCCAUGGGAGCAAAGGACUGAAGCGAGAAAGUUCAUAUCAGCGGAGAGGUUUGGCCGCAAUGCUGUAGCGUGCGUGGUGGGUGGAUUGUUGCUCUGAAUGCGCUACUGCUGUAAACUCGGGGACGUGUUGCAGCAAUUGACCGAGCGGAUGUUGCCGCCCUUCAUUACCUCUUUGUGGAGAAAGGAGAGCAACAGGCCCAGCUUUGUUGGUACAGCCAUGAAACUUUGGAAAUACAGACCUGAGUUCGAAUCCAGAUGGAACUAGAAGGAAACUGGAUUCCAUGAUGUCCUAGCAUGAACUGCUUCGGACUCAGCAUAAGAUGAGUAUGCAGGCUUCCCUACGCCACCUGAUCCAUUUGUUGUGCCUGUGUGAAGGGGUGUUGAGCAUUCUUUGUGUUCGUUCCAUCAGUGCCUCAUUAGGUGUGACCGACCAGCAUGAACUGCUUUGGAAUUACUACUCCCUUGCGAGCACACAACUGCCACUCCUGCUGUCCCUUCUUCUGCCUUAUAAAAAAAAGGGGCACCUUGAAUGUUCUUCAUGCUUGUCCCGUCAGAGCCUAGUUGGCCUGUUGGUCUCCUUGUUGAGAGUUUACUUAGGCCUAGUUAGUAUAUCCUUGAGAGUUUUCAUUUAGGCUGAUAUGAUUUGGUAUGUGCGAGAGAUCCUGCCCACCAGUACUCGAGAAAGGUGCACCGUAUAUGGACAAAUCUGGUGCGGGAAGGACUGCGCCUGGUUAAAUUCAGAGGUGUGCAGAGACCUGCUGAGGACGAAGGGGAAAGGUUGCAAGCAAUGUAGGUUCAAGAUUUGUUUCCGCUCCAGUAGACUGACAUUCUUUCAAACAUGAACUAAAACUCCCACCCUUUGGUCCCCUUCUUGUGCCUGAUGGAAGGGGCACCUUGGUUAAAUUCAGAGGCCCACAGAGGCCCGCUGAGGAUGAAGGGGAAAGGUCCCAAGCUCUGGUUAAAUUCAGGGGCGCGCAGAGGCCCGUUGAGGACGGAGGGGAAAGGUCCCGACUGACUUAUGGCUGCAUAACUCGCACCCUCCACUCCCCUUCUUUUGCCUGAUUGAGGGGGCACCUUGAGUGUUAUUUGCGCGCAGAGGCUUGCUUGCAUUAUUCCAUCGCAUCACAAUUGGCGUAGUUAGCGUCCUUGGGAGUUUGUGUAGUUUCUAGGGUGGCCAGACUCAGCGGAACUACUGCUCCUCUGGUGCACCAGUUUUCUUUUGUCUUCAGCAGUAUUCACCUGCAGCUUUGGCUGUUGAUUUCACUUAUUUGCUCUGCUUGCUCUGCUUUUUAAGAUGGCUAAAUGAAUGUUGGCCCAUGCUGCCUAUACCCAUAAAGCCAAUCAGUAUAUAUUUUUAAGGUUUUUUUUUUUUUUUUAAACAAGUUCUUUCCAUGUCUCCAAGGUCUUAGGCCUUGUCUUGCUGUUUUUCGGCAGAAGCAAGUGUUGUCCUCCCCUCCCCCCCCCCUCCCCCCCCAACCGGCGGGUGUUUGUUUACCCAAAAUCGCAGAAUUUCUGUUGGCUAGCCUGCUCAGUGGUCGCCUUGCUUUCUGGUGGGUGGCUGAAUGUGUUACUGAUCAUGAUGCCAAUUUUCAGAAGCAAGCUUGCAAGUACUUAUUGAAUAUACAGACUUCGCAUAUGGCAAGAAGCACUUGAAGCCGUGCUUGAGCUCCUGUGAGAGCAGCAAUGGGAGUAGUUUUUGAAUAUCCACGUAUACAUGAGCCAUGCCAUGACACAAGAAAGAGGGCAAGAGUGAUCCGUGCGGGGUUUGUUAUGUGACGCAUUGAGACGGGCUAUGACAGGAUGCGCAGAAGGUGAAUGUGAGCGGGUUGGAAUUGCCGCAGAACUCUGAAGAAAAAAGUUUAUCCUAAAGCUUGUGACGUAUCGAGAGAAGGCCGGCGAUCGGAUCCCUGCAGGGAUUCUGCUAGUGGGCGACCUUCGUGCAGCAGGGGGGCUUUAUGUGCCUUCUUCUAGUGGGUGACAUUCAUCCAUUCAUGUUGUAAAGGAGCGGGGAGGGGGGAGGCGGCCAAUGGCUUAUGUAAUUUCUUUCUCAGCUCUUGAAAUACUGUACAGGUGUAGUGUUUCUCUUGGAACCCGCUUGCCAUUACGGCAGUAGACUGCCAAUGGUUGUUCGCUCAUUGUGAGUCAGGUUCUGUAUCUCUGUGAACAAAGUGAUAAUGUGCUACAUAUGAGUCGUUUCCUUCAUUUGUUCGUAAUCCCAACUCAUCUCGCUAUUGAAACAGAGUGGCUGGCAUACUGACGGUUCAGAGAGUGAAUGAUCAUGUUAAUCAAGACAAACGACACUU